ACGUGUAUUUAUAUGUAUUUGUACCAUAAAUGCAUAUGGUAAAAAUGUCAAGUCGAAAUCACAGUCUUUGUCAAAAAAAUUAUUGUUCCAACUUAAAAUUUGCAAAUUCAUUUUUAUCACUUUAUUAUUAGUCGUUUAAGUUCUACAUACUGUUUGCCAAGUCCAUUUGACGAUUAAAAAAUAUAAGAGUAAAAUAUGGAAACGUCAGAUAGUGACUGCUUUGAAAGUGCAGAUGAAGACAUUAGUGAAGAAAGCUCUCCUAGAGCAGGCCCCCAUAAAACUUCUUCAAAUAUAAAUUCCCUAAAUGUAAGAGAAGAUCAGAUUUCAAACAACAGAACAGUCUGCUUGGAGGAAAAUAAACUUCUAAAUGAUCAUGUUGAAGAGGACAUAACAGAAAACAAUAUAAUAACAAACUGUUUAACAAAAGAUAAUAACAAUAGUCUACAGUUUCGUCAAAAUAUUGAACUAGACACUGCUGAUACUUCCAAUUUGCUCAAGCAAGAUAAUGAAGAAAUCGUAGAUACUAAAUUCAGUAGUGAUGUAAGUGCAUGGGAAAAUAAGCAGUGGGAUAAAACAGAUCAUAUUACUGUUAAAGAUACUAAGAAGCAAUUAUCUGAAGCAAGUGUAGAAGAAGUUAACACCAACAAAAAUCUACUAACAAAAGAAGAUGGCUCUAAUAACUUGAAGAAAGAGAGAUUACUAGAAAAUGAAGACAUAUGGGAAGAUGAUUGGUCUAAUGAAGCUGAAAUAGACAUUUAUGCUAAAAAAAGUCUGUUAACAAAAGAAAAUAACUACUGUAACAUAAAAGAAGAAAGCACAUUAGAAGAAGAUAAAAACAAAUGGGACGGUGGAGGGCCUAAAGAUAAAACAGAAAUUGAUACCAAGACAAACCUAUUAACAAAAGAAAAUAACUUAUUAGAGGAUAGUAAAGACAUAUGGGAAGAUGAUUGGGGUCAAUGGGAAUCAGUUUCAAAUGAAGAAAGUACCUCAAAUAAAACUACAGAAUCAAUAUUAACUUCUAAUGAGAGUAAACUUAAUAGUGGAUCAUGGGGUGACUGGGGUAGUUGGGGAGUAACUUCUUUGCUUUCUACAGCUUCCUCCAGUGUUUCAACCAUCACCAAUCAAGUCACACAAGGAAUAUCGAAUGUUUUAGAAAGUGGAAUUGGAAUACCUGAUCCAGAAGAACUUGCAAAAAUGAAUAAAGAAGAAAAAGAGAGUUCUAAUGAAAAUAUAACUGACAACUUUAAAAAUGAAACUGUUCCUGCUGUAGUAGACAAUCAAUGCCAACCAAGGGCUUUUAACUUUGAAACUUUGCUAACAGGUGUUACUCAGAUUACAAAACUGGUAGAAAGCACUAGCAAUAAAGUAAUUAGUGGUGGCUUAGAUACUUUAGAAACAAUUGGAAAGAAAACAAUGGAAGUAUUACAGGAAGGUGACCCAGGUUUAAAGAAGAAACGGGCAUUUUUAAGAAUGGAUUCAGAAAAACUUAAUCUUUCCCAAGUUUUAAGAGAAGCAAAAGAAAAAUCACAAGAAGAGAAUAAAGAGAAAAAGCCCAAUAGAAAAUAUGUUAAUUAUGAAACUCUCUUUGAUGAUCACCAUGGGUUGGUUCACUUAGAGGCUUUAGAGAUGCUCUCAAAACAAUGUAACAUUAAACUUAGGUCUGUUUUUGAAUCAUCUUCAAGUGAAGAUUUAGUGGAACUACAAGAGACCAUUGAUCAAAUACAGGAACUAUGUGAAUUACCCGAAGAUGAUGAUGAGCAAUUACAUGCAGAAGAAGUUGUACAAAAACUUAAAGAAUGCAUUUCCGAACUGGGUAUUUUAAUAUCAUAUGAUAAAUUAAUAUCUGUCUGGAAAGAUGCUGAAAUAUGGAUGAAGAACACCUCCAAUCUCAGUUGUAAAGAUAUCCAUGAGAAGGCAAUUAACACCUUGGCUCAAGUAACAGUACUUGCAGUAGAACAGUUUCAUAAAAGUGCAGAAUUGCUACUAACAAAACAACAUAGAAGCACUGCAGAUGAGGCUGACAGUUUAGUUCAGAUUACCAUCAUCCUGACAAGUUUCGUUGGUUACAUAGCUUCUGAAUUUUGUAAAGCAAUGACCAAAGACCAAAUGGACAAUAUAGAUGUAAAAAAUCAAAUAACGAAUGUUUACUUUGAGGCUGCAAACAGCAGUUCAUACAUUAAGGAUGCCUUUAAAUUAUUAAUUCCAGUUAUAGAAGUAGGUACAUUAUAAAAAAAAUUUACUUUGUAAAUAUUUGUAAAUUUAUUAAUUGAAAAUGUUAACGUUUGAUAAACCUGAUUUAUAUAGGUAUGUAUGCAAACAUAGUGAAAUUGUUUUCCUUAAUAAUAAUGAUGAAUUGGUUUCUCAAUUUUAAUAUUUAAA